UGUUGGCGUUUGGUUGAUUGAUUGAUUGACUGACAGCUACAACAGCCACAGCUCUCUUUGACAGCGGUAUAAAGGUAGCGAUGGAGGAGACGCUGCACGAUGCCUCCCUAAACCCGUUCCAUGCACCAACUUACCAAGUCCUUUGCUUCCCUUAUCUUCCAAGCUUCUAUGCCUCGGCACGCAUGUACACCACCAAAUCAAUUAAACAUUACCAGGCUCUGUCCAGCCCAGCUCGAAAUGCACCAACCUCACCAACCCAAACCCCCCAAUCUCCCCCUCAUACCAUCCCACAAACCGCGCCCCGCACCCCAAGCUCCAACAUAAACCUAAGCCUCCUCCACGCGCUCCCGCUCCCUGAUCCCAAACAUCGUCAUAGCGAUACCGCGUAAGCUCCUGCGCACGAUCCACAUGACGCCGAAGAAGACGACGAAGAUGAUGAGCAGGAUGAGGAAGAUUGCUGUGUUGCGCUGCAUUUUGGACGUGUGCUGUGGUGGUGUUGUGGUGGGUCUUGUUGGUUAUUGGUUAUGGGGUGGGUUUUGUUGUUUGUUUUGUGGAUGUUUUGUGGAUGGUUUUGAGCUUGUGGUGGGUUUGUGGGUGAGGUCGCGGUGCUAGUGGU